CCACCACUACCACCACCAUCAUCGGGAGAGUAAAGCAAACUCCGCAGAAGCAGCAAGCGGUUCUCAAGGCCCGUUAAGUGAGCGUGAGAGAAGAAGUGGGGGGGGGGGGGGAGAGAGCGAUAGGAAUUUUGGAACGGGUUUCUCGCACGUACACACACUCACUCAUCCACGCACUAACUCAUCCACGCACGCACGCACACACACGAGCCUCCACGUAGCAAUAAGCGCAGUCAGCAUUGCCCGAAAGUCGCCGAGUUGAGUUCAAGACUGCUGCUGCAGCUGCUGCUGAUAUAAGAGAAAGUAAGAGGAGGAAAAAAAGCCACCCAAGGAUGAAGCUCCCGCUCAUCACCCUGCCACUCCUCCUGUUCGUCGUCCACUUGUGCCUCGCUCAUGAACCCCUGCGGAGGAGAAGGCAGGGGAGACAGAACGGCAGGGUAAUCCGACAAAUCCAGCGGCCCAGGCAGUCUUCCCAGGCCAGGCAACCCUCGCAGGCUGGACAACCGAGAAAACCCGAGGAGCCGGCCAACGGCGGAUACAAGCUGCGUCUUGCCGGCUACCCACGCAAACCGUUUGAAGGCCGCGUGGAGGUGUUCCACCAGGGCGAGUGGGGCACGGUGUGCGAUGACGACUUCUCCAUGGAGGCGGCCAACGUGGUGUGCCAGGAGGCGGGAUUCAUCGGGGCCAACGGCUGGGCGCACAGCGCAAAGUACGGCCGAGGAAUAGGGAGGAUCUGGCUGGACAACGUGCACUGUCGUGGAAGCGAGCAGAGCCUGGCGGAGUGCGUCUCGCGCGGCUGGGGCGUCAGCGACUGCAACCACGACGAGGACGUGGGUGUCGUUUGCAAGGAAACGCGCCUCAAGGGCAGCCCGGAGUUUAACGUCAUCGAGACCGUGCACGACAACCGCUUGGAGGAUGUGCGCCUCCGCCCCAUCCUCCCGGCUGCCAAGAAGCGGUUACCCGUGACGGAGGGCGUCGUGGAGGUCCGCUACAUGGGCUCAUGGCGCCACGUGUGCGACGAAAACUGGACCCCGCGUAACAGCCGCGUCAUCUGCGGCAUGAUGGGAUUCCCUGCCGAACGCAAAGUCAACCGCGUGCUCUACAGCGAUCUCUUUCAGGCUGAGACAAACUUGAAUUUGACCAACGAGGUCAACCCAAAGGAGAAGAGGCAUUUCUCUGAGCGGCAGCAGGAGAGGCCGAGUUUCCUAGUGCACUCCCUCAACUGCACGGGCACCGAGUCGCACAUCACCGCGUGCCAACACGACCUCCUACCGCUGGGCGCCAAGGCCCACAACAGCUGCCUUGCUGGGAUGCCGGCCAUCGUGAGCUGCGUGCCAGGCCCUGCCUUCUCGCCCGGUGUCGCCUUCAAGAAGAUCUUCAAGGCGGAGGUCCCGAUGGUGCGCUUGAAGGGCGGGGCGAUGACGGGUGAAGGCCGAGUGGAGGUGCAGCGCGGUGGAGAGUGGGGGACCGUUUGCGACCAGCGCUGGAACGUCGUGUCGGCGAGCGUCGUGUGUCGCGAGCUCGGCUUCGGCAGUGCCAAAGAGGCCCUCAUGAGUGGCCGCAUGGGUCAAGCCAUGGGUCCCAUCCACAUGGCGAUGGUGCAGUGCACGGGACAGGAGAGGAGCAUCUUCGACUGCCCGCAUGGGAACGCCUCGGACCACGGCUGCGGGCACCACGAGGACGCGGCGGUUCGCUGUCACGUGCCCGCCAUGGGCUUCGAAAAGCGGAUCCGCCUGCAGGGCGGCCGCAACCGCUUUGAGGGCCGCGUGGAGGUGCUCAUGGACGGGGGCCCCAACGGGACGCUUCACUGGGGCACGGUGUGCAGCGAGGGCUGGGGGAUGCUCGAAGCGUCCGUAGCUUGCCGCCAGCUCGGCCUGGGCUAUGCCAGCAUGUACUUGCAGGAGACGUGGUACUUUGAGGGCAGCCCCCUCCACGACCAGGUGCUGAUGAGCGGAGUGAAAUGCGUGGGCUCCGAGAUGUCACUGCAGCACUGCCGCCACCACGGCGCCGACAUCGCCUGCCGGAAGGGCGGCGCCAGGAACGCGGCCGGCAUCAUCUGCUCAGAGAUGGCGCCGGACUUGGUGCUGAACGCGCCACUGGUGCAGGUGUCCUCGUACCUGGAGGACCGGCCGCUGCACCUGCUCUACUGCGCCGCCGAGGAGGACUGCCUGGCCCAGAGCGCACGCAACAUGCACUGGCCGUACGGGCAGCGCCGCCUGCUCCGUUUCUCGUCGGAGAUCCACAACCUGGGCCGUGCGGACUUCCGCCCCAAGGCUGGACGGCACUCGUGGGUGUGGCACGAGUGCCAUCGCCACUACCACAGCAUGGAGGUGUUCACCCACUAUGACAUUCUGAGUACAAACGGCACCAAGGUUGCAGAGGGGCACAAGGCCAGCUUCUGUUUGGAGGAUACCGACUGCCAAGAAGGAGGACAGAAGGUGUACGAGUGUGCCAACUUUGGUGAGCAAGGCAUCACGGUGAACUGCCACGACACCUACCGGCACGACAUCGACUGUCAGUGGGUGGAUGUCACCGACCUCAAGCCUGGAAACUACAUUUUCCAGGUUGUUCUUAACCCCAACUACGAAGUGGCCGAGACGGACUUCACCAACAAUGCAAUGAAGUGCAACUGCAAGUAUGACGGGCACAGGAUAUGGAUGUACAACUGUCAUGUCGGUGACGCUUUCAGCGACGAAGUGGAGAAGAUCUUUGAGAAUUACCCGGGCCAGUUGAACAACCUCAUUAGCUCAUUUUAAAGAGCCAGUCUUGAUGGAUGCCUCACAGGCCCAGGGACACACAAUGCAUACUCUUGGGAUUUUCACAUGAGACUAUAAGGGCAUGAGACUUUAAGGGAUUAUCCAAUUUACUGAAGAACUUGGCCAUUCCAACAGUAUUCAGGCAAUGACAUAGUAAAUAAAACCUUACUAUGAUAAUGAAAACACUAGUAUUUAAAACUUGUAAUCUCAGAUGGGUUUAAAUCCACCUUAUUUCCACUACCCAAUGAAGUGGUGCAGAUUUUAUUUUUUGUCUUUAAUCGGUAUUUUACGAUGUUUUUUAUGUUUAACACUACAAUUUGAAGACAUGAAAAAUUAUGGACCAGCGUAAGGUAAAAAGUCAAUGACGUACAGGUACUUUUGAUCGCAAGGGAUUUUCAAAAUAAAUCAAUUAAAUGUGUUGCGAUGGAACAUUUACGGCACACUUGAGUCAUAGACAAAAAAAAUCCUGACAUCACAAAUAUACUCGCGUGUGACUGGCCCGCAGCCUACCACGACCCUUUGCAAGGUGAGAGUUGUACAUUCCUGAAGACACAGGCCUUGUUUUAAUCGGUGCUGUACUGGUCAAAGCACCAAGGGAUAGUCCAGUUCCACAAUGAGUUACUAAAAUAUGGUGCUGUCUUCGUUCCAUUCCAAUAUGGAGCGACAGAAAAAUUAGAUGACGCUACGCCACAGCCGAAGGUAAAGUGCAGGAACAAGUCAGCAUGUUUACAGUGACAUAGCGCAUCGAGAUUGAAUGAUGCAACAAUUCAUCAUUUAAUAUUGAUUCUUAAGCUCAAGAUGUGUGUCGAAUUGCACGCGUACGAAUGUUGUAGGACUCAUGUUUUGCAAUGGGUUCACGUGACCCUUACAGCCACUGGUGGCUGUUACGUUCACCACAAUGAUUAGAAAAGAAUUGAGUUGUAACUCUCAACGUGACAACUGAGCAGUGCCCUCGGAAAAACUUGAAGACCCAAACAAUUGAAUUACUUAAACGCGAGGCUUUUGUUGAGUGUCGGCAGGUUAAAUGGAUGAAAAAGGUGAUUUAGGUUUCCAACACCUUUGGGGAGAUCAUUCACUAAACUAGAAGUGGAUUAUCGUCUUCCCAUGAAUUGAGCGUGGGUUAUCUCAACAGCAUAUAAAUUGAGGAGCAAAAUUGAGCACUCCUCAAUUGGUGAAUCAUACCUCUUGAUACCUCGUGCCUUACAAAAUUGUAAUGGAACCACAGGACAAAUGUGUCAUGUCAUACGACUAAGGUUUACAGUCAAUGCUGUACUAAGCGUAAGCCUUGGAAUAACUCAUAUGCGUGGAACAUUAAGCAAGGUAUUGCAACCAUUAUCUGGCGAAUUAUCCGUUUAAAGGUGCACCUGAUUUAUAUGAUAUAGUAUUAAAAUCCAAUGUGUUUGUAUUAUCAAUUGGAUGUGUUCUUUCACAGUAAUAUUUCAAAACGUUAACGGCAUUGUAGGCCCUUUGUUCAUGACGCUGGAGUGCAACAAAUAUGAUUUUUUUUAAUCCUGUCGCUUCACGAAUUAUAAACUGCAGCUGUCUCACUUGGCACAUGGACUGCGGCUGUGAAGCUGCUCCAUUCUCUGCUCAAGCUUGAAAUACAGCGUUGUAAUGCCUUGAGUGUCUUGACGAUUUUGAGCACAUGGCAGUGCACAGUAUUGACGACCAUUUGGUGUUAAAAGUUGAGCUUGUUUUUCUACAUACAAUGUAUUUAAAAUACCAAAACUCGUGUAGUUUUUGUGUUUGUCUUUUGAAACAGUGCAAGGGCUGCAUGUUUGUGUUAUAUCUCCAAAGUGUUACAAUUGUUCUUAUUUUAAUGUGUUCAGCAUCAUGUCUAAAAUUAUUAUUUACAUUUUUAAAUGACAUUACUACAACAGAGUUACACAAAUAUAUAGCAGAAUUGUUGAAUCAUCCUUUAUAUAAAAAAACAAGUUUAGUAUGUUGAAUCACAUGAAAGCUGAAUUGGAAAAUUAUGUUUGGCAAAACAUUUGCAUUGCUUUGGAGUUAAUACCAGGGCUUGAUAUCAACUGGAUCUGUCUCAGGCUAUUUCACUGGGUCGAGGCACAGAAGAUUGUGAGCUUGGAGGUCCAGGAAAAUAUUCCUGGACAAUUUUUCGAUGUAAAGCUUUCGUGACUGCAGGGAUUCAUCUUCUUGGUUCUUUCGGUAAAGUCACGUAGAAUGGAAAUAAUAAAAUAAUAAAAAUAAAACAUAAUAAAAUAAUUCUCACGACGU